CCAUCCUUCCUCCUCUUCCUCCUCCUAGUUCUUGUUCGGCUUCAGCGCGCGCGCGCACACAUGCGAAGAACACCGGAGAGCAGCUGAGUGAUUUUAGUGGGUGGGGAAUCCAUUUGUUGACCUGCUGGACAAACCAGAGUUGCCAUGGAAACUACUUGUGUCAUCCUAUCCUCGCUACUCGUGUGCGUGGCUGCUGUAGCAGACGUCGAUGUUCAGGAUGAACCUGAGAAAGAGGAAAACCCUUUUGUCUAUGACUACGAAAGCCUGAGGAUUUGUGGACUGGCUUUAGCUGUGGUGCUGUUCACACUAGGAAUUCUACUUAUUCUCAGUCGACGGUGCCGCUGCAGUAUCAACCAGAAACCCAGGGCCCCCGGAGAUGAAGAGGCACAGGAGGAAAACCUCAUCGUCUCAAAGGCCGCGGCAGCUGCCAAAGAAACUCCAGCUGAAAACUGAGGCCGCUCGCCCGCCAUCAGCUUCCACUGCCUACACUUUUAUUUUACAUGAAUCCACUGCAUCAUAGCUGUAACUAUUAUAAGUGGUGACACAACAAGGUAAGGGUAUAAUAAACAUAAGACAAACUUUUAGCCCGAUGUGCUUCGUCGUGACCGUAGCAGUCCUCAGUGCUCUAGUCUCUUCUUGUGCCUUCAUUUAGAUGUCUCUCACUUAAACUAUACUGUAACCUUGUCUAUAUUGUCUCAGCAUACACUACGGUUCAAAAGUUUGGGGUCGCUUGGACCCCAAACUUUUGAACAGUAGUGUAGCACUUUUGACACAAGACGGUCUUAUAAAGUUAGGAAGUGUCUGCGUGAUGUGUUCCCGUUAUGUUUUGUACUGCUUUUUAGAGUUGAUCAUUUUAGGCAACACUUUACAAUCAUGAAAUGGCUUAUAAAUGGUUUAUAAAUGGAUGAGCAACAUGUUGUUAAGCCUUGAUAAAGUACAACCACAAAGUCAAUUUUAAAGACCUUGGGCUUAUUUGUGGUGAUAUACCAGUUUUCAGCUAUUUGGGGGGUCAUGGACACUCACCUCUCCUUACAAAGUUUGUAUUUGAGGUAAUCCUCGCCUCAGGCAAUCCGUCUUGCGUGACUACAUUAGAGCGCCUCGUUGUCAUCUGCGAGUGUACGCGCAUCACGGAAAUAAGGCAGAAGACGUAAUUUUGGAUUUUAUCAAAACGCCAACUCGACAGCUGCUGUGUUUUGAGCACCUUUUUGUCAUGCCAUGUCAAGUCACAAGUCAGUGGGAUUAACAGUCAUGUCAAAAAGUUGGGACACACCAUGAAAUUUUCAGUUCUUUAUUAAGAAUUGUUCACAUAUCAAUGUCUGAUCUUGUUUUUCUUUAUCUCUGGAAAAGAAAGUGGUUUAAUUGCAAGUAAACAACAAAAAUUAACAUUGUUUUACUCAUUAAACCAAAUAUAUCAACAAAAGUGCAUAUUCUAACUGAGGAAAAAGUUAGGACACCCUCCCACCUAAUAGGUAGUGUUACCACCUUUGGCUGUAACUUCGGUGAGAUGCUUUUUGUAGCCAUCUACCAGUCUUUGACAUCGGCCUGAAGAAAGUUUGCCCCACUCCUCAAUGAGGAAUACUUUCAGCUGUGAGAUGUUUAGGGGUUUCUUGCAUGUACAGCCCGUUUCAAGUCACCCCACAGCAUCUCAAUGGGAUUAAGAUCUGGGCUUUGACUUAGCCAUUCCAGGACUCUCAAGUUCUUCCUUUUCAGCCAGUGCUUGGUGGAUUUACUGGUAUGUUUUGUGUCAUUGUGAUGUUGCAGGGUCCAGUUUUGCUUCGGCUUUAAUCUUUUCACAGAUGAUCUCACAUGUUCCUCAAGCGCCCUCUGAUAAAUGAUAGAAUUCAUGGUAGAUUCCAUGAUGGUGAGCUGCCCAGGUCCUGCUGCUGCAAAGCAUCCCCAAACCAUGACACAUCCACCUCCAUUACGUCAAACAUGUCCUCUGUUCUGGUGUCCAAAUAAUUCAAUUUUAGAUUAAUCUGUCCAAAGAACAUUAUUCCAGAAGUGUCUUCAUUCCUUCUGGCAAACCUCAGUCUGGCCUUCAUGUUUUUCUUGGAAAGCAAAGGUUUCCUCCUUGCACAGCUCCCAUGAAGGUUAAACUUGAGAAAUCUCUGAUUUUAGAGGCAUGGACAGUAGCAAGAGCCUGCUUUAGGUCCCAUGAUUACAUUUUAGGGUUUUUAGAGACCUCUUUUAGCAUCUUGUGGUCUGCUUUCGGGGUGAACUUGCUUGGACGGCCAUGCCUGGGUAUCUUGGCAGUUGUUUUGAAUGUCCUCCACUUGAAGACUAUUUUCCGGACAGUGGAAUGGCUGAUUUUAUAUUCUUUUGAGAUUACUUACCAGACUCAUAAGCAUCUACAAUCUUCUUUCUGAAGGCCUUAGACAGCUCCUUUCAUCUCACCAUGGUGUUUUCUCUCACUUCAACAGUCAGGGGCACACCAAACUAAAUGUGAGGUUUACGUAAGCCAAGCCUGCUUCAAAACACUGGGUAAUAAUGUUCUAAUCGUGUGUACCUGAUUUGAUACCCCUGUGUGUGAUUUUAGCCAUUUCAAGUGGGUUUGAAUGUGGGGGUGUUCAAAUUUAUUCCUCAACAGAAAUUGCAUUUAUUUAAUAUUAUACAUUUUACUGAAAGUUAUUAAAUAAAAAAAAUCUUUUUAUUUUAUUUUAAUUGUUUAGUUCAAUUACUUGAAUCUCUCAAGAAUGUUAAAAUUGAUAUUACAUGUCCAUAUGACCAAAUAUGUUAGAUAACACACAGGCUCCCAAUUGGGUGUCCUCAUUUUUUUCACAUGACUGUAUUUCAGUGACUGGAGGCUUUAUAUGCAUAUAAUCCAAACAGUUGACAAUUGAGCUCGCAUGGUAAUAGGGCAUUCACUAAAGACUGAUAUUUCACAAUUUGGAUGCCUUUUUUUGUCAAUUUACUAUUCAUUCAUUCAAAUUGGACAGGAAUGUUGUCAACACUCCAAUCUGCUUUUUAAGUGUUUUGCCUCGUAGCUUGAUACAAACGGUAUCAAACAACAAAACAGGCUUCCUCCAAAGCCCAUAAGCCCUUACUUGUUUUGUUGUUUAGUGUAAACUUGAUGACUUAUGAAGAAAACAAAAAACAAUCAAACUUGGCUGAAGGUGAGCCCACACGAAUACUGAUAGCUGUUUUACAUUACCGCAACUUCACCACCAAAUAAUGAGUCUCCACUUUGUUGUGGAACUGUUCUCAUCGUGUUUAUUAAGGCUUCAUAACUAUUUAUAAACAUUGAUAAGCACUUUUAAAGUGUACGGUAUCAAUAAAGCAGUGUUUUUUGUUAAUUGUCCUUCAAAAUGUUUACCGUACGAUAUAAAUAUAUAAAGUAUUUAAAAGAGCAGAUAGCUUACAAAUAGUCAAUAAUAGUUAUAUGUAUUCCAGUGUGUAUCUUUGCAAACACAUACACGUUUAUACGUGCAUGUACAUUACGUGUACGUAGGUAUAAAGUGUGAGACAAUCGGACCUGCUCACAUACAAUUCAGUAAUUUGACAAGAUUGUGGAGUUACUGAGUCAGCUUUCUCACUGCCGUCCCCCCCUAUAAGAUUACCCCAUCCCACGCCCACUAGUAAGACUUUUUUUCUACUUAUCAAAUAAGACAUUUAAGAUAACAAAACACCUGUAAGACUAUAAUGUGUGUCAAGUGUGACUAUCUGUUUUGAAGAGACAAAGCCUUUGUCCAAUUGCCGCAUGAGGCCUUGUUGUGUCGCAACAUGUCGUGCUUUUGGCAUACGAUACCAAUAAAUCUGUCUGAAAACUC